CGUCCAUUUUCUUUCGGAGGGCUCGCUUUAACCCUAACAGCCGUCGCGCUCUCUCUCUACCGUCAUGGCCGCCGCCGCCGUUCGCCCCCUAGUCACGGUCCAGCCCCUCGAUGGCGACAUGGCUACCGAUGCGGCUGCCACUGUCCCGCUCCCCGACGUCCUCAAGGCCCCGAUCCGCCCCGACGUCGUCCGGUUCGUCCACGCUAAUUUAUCGAAGAACAGCCGUCAGCCCUACGCCGUCUCUAAGCGCGCCGGCCACCAGACCUCAGCCGAGUCCUGGGGAACCGGUCGUGCCGUUUCGCGUAUUCCUCGAGUUCCUGGUGGAGGCACCCACCGUGCUGGCCAGGGUGCUUUCGGGAACAUGUGCCGUGGCGGUCGCAUGUUCGCCCCCACCAAGAUCUGGCGUCGGUGGCACCGUCGCGUUAACAUCAGUAUGCGCCGCUACGCUGUGUCUUCCGCCCUUGCUGCCACUGCAGUCCCGUCCAUCGUCUUGGCCCGGGGACACCGCAUCGAGUCCGUUCCCGAGAUCCCUCUCGUGGUCUCUGACUCUGCUGAAGGCGUAGAGAAGACUGCAGCUGCCAUCAAGGUACUCAAGCAGAUCGGUGCUUUUCCUGAUGUCGAGAAGUCUAAGGACAGCCAGAAAAUCCGCCCUGGAAAGGGUAAGAUGCGAAACCGCCGCUACGUUACACGCAAGGGUCCAUUGAUUGUCUACGGCACAGAGGGAUCGAAGAUCGUCAAAGCUUUCCGGAACAUCCCUGGUAUUGACAUUGCUAAUGUGGAGCGCCUCAACCUUCUGAAGCUGGCACCGGGAGGCCAUAUCGGCAGGUUCAUCAUCUGGACAAAAUCUGCCUUUGAGAAGCUGGAUCAUGUGUUUGGAACCUUUGAUAAACCAUCUGAGUUUAAGAAAGGGUUUCUCUUGCCACGGGCGAAGAUGCUAAAUCCUGAUCUCUCAAGGAUUAUUAACUCGGAUGAGGUGCAGUCCGUGGUCCGUCCUAUCAAAAAGGACGCAAAGAGACGUCAUAUCAAGAAGAAUCCUCUGAAGAAUCUCUACACGCUUUUGAAGCUGAACCCUUAUGCGAAGACUGCCAGGAGAAUGUCUUUGCUUGCAGAAGCUCAACGAGUGAAAGCAAAAAAGGAAAAGCUUGACAAGAAGAGGACAAAUCUUUCCAAGGAAGAAGCUGCUGCAAUCAAGGCUGCUGGACGGGCGUGGUAUAAAACAAUGAUCUCGGAUAGUGAUUAUGCACAAUUCGAUAACUUCUCCAAGUGGCUGGGCGUGUCACAGUAAGCGCUGAGUCUCCACAUUAGCUCUUAGCUCGAUAAGCCAAGAUUUUACUUCAUGUUAGUUUCGCAACCAAUUUGUUUGUCAUUAAGAACACCUCAUUCAGACAUGUUUACGUUUCCUCGAGUUACUUUGUUUUGCAUGUUUUGGUUCAGAAUUUGGAAAGAGAAUUUGGGUUCUUGUUUAAUUUAAAAGAAAUUAAAGAAUUUUGCAUGAAGUUUGUGUUC